AUGGAGGCCGCACAGCCAUCGGCGUUGUUUUUCGAUGCUCAUAAUGAAGAAGGUGCUAGGUUGAGACGACAGGCUGCAAUUCGAGCCAUUGAGGAUAUGUUGAAGUGGUUCAGUGAGGAGGACGGUGUAGUGGGCAUUCUGGAUGCCACGAACUCGACUAAACAGAGAAGACAGUGGAUCCAAGAUCUUCUUGUGAAACAGGGAAUUGAACCGAUGUUUGUUGAGAGUUGGUGCGAUGACCAGGAGCUUAUCAUGCACAAUAUCAUGGACGUCAAAACAUGCUCUCCAGAUUAUACUGGCCAAGAUCCCGAUGAGGCUGCUAAAGAUUUUAUGGAAAGAAUCAAAAAAUACGAAGAAGUUUAUGAGACUAUCAAUGAUGAGAGCUUGACAUAUGCCAAAAUCAUCAAUGUCAACUCACAAGUGAUUAUCAACCGGAUCCAGUCGUAUGUGCAAUCACGCAUCGUUUACUAUCUCAUGAACCUGCAUAUCAAAAGAAGAUGCAUUUAUCUCAGUCGACACGGUGAGUCUGAAUUCAACCUGACUGGCCAGUUAGGAGGCGAUUCUAACCUGUCUCCCCGUGGAGAUUUGUAUGCUCACAAAUUGCCCCAGCUCGUCAAGGAGGCUGUUGGCGAUCAGCCAUUGACGGUGUGGACGUCGACUUUAAAAAGAACCCAGCAGACGGCCCGUUUCCUGCCGUACCGUCAAAUGCAAUGGAAAGCAUUAGACGAGCUGGAUGCCGGCGUUUGUGACGGAAUGACUUAUGAAGAGAUAAAGCAAGAGUACCCUGAAGACUUUGAGGCCCGAGACGCCAAUAAAUUCGAGUACAGAUACCGCGGUGGAGAGUCUUACCGUGACGUUGUUGCUCGUCUUGAACCUAUUAUUAUGGAACUCGAACGACAGGAAAAUAUCAUGAUUGUUACCCAUCAGGCAGUUCUUCGUUGUAUUUAUGCCUAUUUCAUGAACGUGCCUCAAGACCGCUCUCCCUGGAUGGAUGUGCCACUUCACACACUUAUCCGUCUUGAACCCCGUCCCUACUCCACUCUCGAAACCCGUGUUCCUGCCAACAUUCCUGCCGUGUCCACAUAUCGUGAAAAGGGCUCCACUGUCCUCGCUGCCCCUACGAAAUAG